AUGAUGCUGCAGCUUACGAGCGGUGCCAACACCGAACUUUGUCAAAAAAGCCACCAGUACCGAGGUGCUGCACAGCUGGUUCUGAAGCAAACAAAGGUCAUUCUGUUCCGAUACCCCUCAACCAAACAAAAUUUCAGAAAGCCUCCCAGCAUGAAAUCUUCAUUGUUCCUCGUAGCCACCAGCGCCAUGCUGGCUUUGGCUAGUCCUUUGCGGAAACGUGCCAUGGAAACCGAAACCGACUGGGUAACGCAGUACAUUACUGUCACGGUAACAGAUGAUGGAACUGACGCUCCUCCUACUCCUGUUCUCGUUCCUUCAACCACUUCCUCAACCACUUCCUCAAUCAUCACCACCACCACCACCUCCACCACGACCACGACCACUACCACGACCCCAGUACGAUCCCCAACAGGUCUUGUUUUCUUCGAGGCUCCUCAGCAAACCUCCUCUUCAUCCGCCAACAAGGCUCCGCCUACUCCAUCUCAGGCCCCCCUUUCGACAUCAAUCGAGCCUGUGGAGUACCCUCAAACUACCACUUCAAAGGCGGAGCCCCCAAAGGCAUCACCUUCGGCACUUUCGCCUCCCUCGUCGAAUCUGGGUGACUACGAAAACACCAUGUUGGAGCAGCACAACCUCAUCCGUCAGAACCACUCUGCCCCGGCUCUGGAGUGGGACCCCGUCCUUGCUCAGUAUGCCGCCAACACUGCCAAUACCUGCGUUUUUAAACACGACAUGAACCAGGGGACUGGUCACUAUGGCCAAAAUCUGGCUAGUGCAGGAUCAAGUGCCAACAUCGAUAACUUGAAGAUACAGUCUGCAGCCCAGGCCGUUGUUAAUCAGUGGUACAACGGCGAGGCUGCCAAUUAUGACGCAUUCUACGGCAUGGAAAACCCUCCUUCCAAUGUUCCUCUUGGCAACUACGGCCAUUUCACCCAGGUGGUGUGGAAGGCGACGACCAAGGUCGGCUGCUCUACCGUGAAAUGCCCUGCUGGUACCGUUCUCAGCCUCCCAUCAUGGUACACUGUCUGCGAUUACACUCAAGCUGGUAAUGUUGGUGGCGAGUACGGUGCCAACGUUCUCAGACCCAAGGGCAUGAAAAUGAUUGUUGUGUAA